AUGCCGAACCCCGUCUUCGGCGCCGCCUUACGCUCAUCACCCCGUUGCUGGAAAUUAGCUAUCGCGGGCAAAACAUGGAUUAGAUACUCCUCCAGUCGUAACCCGCCUACCGUGGCUUUGCUUUAUCAGGCCAUUGACUCCCCUGUCAUCAAUGGUGCUCGUAAACCCCGGAAACCAGGAGGCUACCAAGACUCCGGAGCUGACAUCGCCUACACUCUCCGAACAAAAGGCAUCAAUGUGAUCACUCCGAGCAGCUCCCCGCAGGAAUCAUCGCAUGAAGGGUGGUGCUUCCCCGACACAGAAGAGGGCAUCUACUCUGCCGUGCAGCAAGGCGUCAAUCAUCUCUGGGCGAACACAAUCCUAUUUUCUUCGCAUCCCCUCCAAACUUCAAAGAAACUUGACACCCAUGCCCCAGACCUCUACAUCGUGGGCCAGCCACCUAGCCUAGUAGAGAAAUUCGACGACAAGGCGUACCUGAACGGCAAGCUCCGAGAGCUGGGCGGUCUCACUCUUCCUCGCUCCUGGAUGGUCAGCGAUUCAGAUGACCUGGACCGGCUGGUCGCUUCUAUCGAUCGGUACCCCGUGGUGGGUAAACCGGUUCGUGGUCGAGGCAGCCACGGCGUCAAGGUCUGUCGCAAUCCCGCUGAGCUGAAGGCCCAUGUGCAGACCCUGCUCGGGGAAUCUCCUCUCGUCAUGCUGGAGGAGUUCCUGGCGGGUGAGGAGGCGACGAUUACCGUGAUGCCUCCGUCCCCGGGUCGGCCUCGGCACUGGAGUACCUUGCCCGUUGUGAGGUUCAACCAUGCGGAUGGCAUCGCGCCGUACAAUGGUGUCGUCGCGGUGACUGCCAACUCUCAGGUGAUUCCAGAGGAGGAGAUGAAGGAUCCCGCGUUUGGGGAUAUCAUGGAUCAAUGUGCGAAAGUUGCCGAACUGAUUGGGGCAACGGCUCCGAUUCGGGUGGACAUACGACGGUUCAGCAAGGACUCUCCUUUUGCGCUCUUUGACAUCAACAUGAAGCCGAACAUGACUGGACCUGGUCGUCCGGGACGCGAAGAUCAAGCAAGCUUGACUGCUCUGUCGGCGGCAGCUCUCGGCUGGGACUAUGGGACUUUGCUGAAAAAUAUUCUGCAGACAGCUCAGCCGUUGGACGUGUUUCGCAAGUAUCGCAGUCCGUUUUAG